AUGGCUGGGAAGUGGUGGGGAGUGAAGCAUCCGUUCUGGGGCCCGGGGGAGGAUUCCGGGGGUCGAGAAUUUGAGUAUUUUGGGUUGGUGGAAGGUCGAAAGGUGGAAUACUUGAUGGAUCUGGGCGCAGACGUGGCUGCUGUGGACCGAAACAAGGACACGGCCUACGAUUUGGCUUUCCGGGAGCACGGCCACAGGCAGCCUGAGCAUCCCGUUUUGCUCUUCUUCCAAUCGGUGCAAGCGCCCCCCUGA